GAGUUCCUGGGGGUGGUGCCCGGCCGGAAUGGCGGCUAUGUUAUCCAAUAGGAAAGGAUAUUACUGACUUAGAAGCCAAUGAGGAGCCUGGUGAGGAAGAAGCGGUGAUCGGAGCAUGGAGGUACCGAUUUGAGACAGCAUGGGUCUCUGUCUGAGGUGGCGCCGGCUUGGGUUCCCACUCCCAGAGUUCCGCCGCUGCGAGCUCCACACCGUGCGUGAGGCCUCUGCACCAACUCCUCCACAUUGGUUGGCAGAACGAUUUGGCCUUUUUGAGGAGCUAUGGACCGCUCACGUGAAAAAGUUAGCAAGUAUGACACAGAAGAAAGCCCGGGCUAUUAAGAUAUCACUUCCUGAAGGCCAGAAGGUAGAUGCUGUUGCAUGGAACACAACCCCUUACCAACUGGCCCAUCAGAUCAGUGUAACACUGGCUGAUACUGCAGUGGCUGCUGAAGUAAAUGGAGAACUUUACGAUCUGGACCGACCCUUGGAGACAGAUUGUCACCUCAGAUUUCUGACAUUUGAUUCCCCAGAGGGCAAAGCGGUGUUCUGGCACUCUAGUGCCCAUGUUCUGGGGGCUGCGGCUGAGCAACAACUGGGUGCUGUUCUCUGCCGAGGUCCAAGCACAGAAUCGGGCUUUUACCAUGACUUCUUCCUGGGAAAAGAACGGACAGUCCGCAGCGCAGAGUUGCCCAUUUUAGAGCGGAUUUGCCAGGAGCUCAUAGCUGCUGCACAGCCUUUCCGGAGGCUGGAGGCUUCACGGGAUCAGCUUCGCCAGCUCUUCAAGGACAACCACUUUAAGCUUCAUCUGAUCGAGGAGAAAGUGACAGGCCCAACGGCAACAGUGUAUGGGUGUGGCAUGUCAGUUGACCUGUGCCGAGGCCCCCAUCUUCGGCACACUGGACAGAUUGGAGCACUGAAGCUGCUCACGAACUCCUCAGCCUUGUGGAGGUCCUUGGGAGCACCUGAGACACUGCAGAGGGUAUCAGGAAUUUCUUUCCCCAAAGUAGAGUUACUGAGGAACUGGGAAGCUCGAAGAGAAGCAGCAGAGUUAAGAGACCACAGACGCAUUGGGAAGGAACAGGAGCUCUUCUUCUUCCAUGAACUGAGCCCUGGGAGCUGUUUUUUCUUGCCACGAGGGACAAGAGUCUAUAAUGCCCUGGUGGCUUUCAUCAGGCUGGAAGCAGAGAUCCAGGGCUGCCUUGAUUUUCUCCGGUGUGUUUACUCGGUUCUUGGUUUUUCCUUCCACCUGGCUUUAUCUACCCGGCCACCUGGUUUCCUAGGGGAGCCUCGCCUAUGGGACCAGGCUGAGCAGGUUCUACAGCAAGCCUUGGAGAAGUUUGGAGAACCUUGGGACCUCAACCCUGGAGAUGGGGCUUUCUAUGGGCCUAAGGCAAGCUGGAGCCACACUUAGAGUUGUACUAGGUCAUCUUGCUUUAUUAAGUUGUGUCUACAAAAAAUUGUUUUAAAACUUGUGUAAGAGCCAGGCAGUGGUGGCAUAUACCAUUAAUCCCAGCACUUGGGAGGCAGGCAGAUCUCUAAGUUCAAAGCCAGCCUGGUCUCAAAAAAAAAUUAAGAUUUUUAUCUAUAGCCAUGCACAGUAUACACACCUUUAAUUCCAGCAGCACAGGUGAGUGGGCCUGACCUACAUGGUGAAUUGCAGGCUAGUGAGGGAGGGCUACACAAUGAGACCUUGUUUCAGAAACAAACAUUGGAACCUACACUAAAGAUAACAAGUCUUUUUUUGGUUUUGUGUUUGUUUUUUGAGGCAGGGUUUCUCUGUGUAGCCCUGGCUGUCCCAGAGGACACUCUGUAGACCAGGCUGGCCUUGAACUCAGAGCUCCACCUGACUCCACUCCUAAGCGCUGGGAUUAAAGGCAUGUGCCACCACUGCUGAGCAAGCUGCUGCUUUGUUAAAAGGGGCAUGGAGAGACAGUUCUGAGUUAAGAGGGCUUGCUGUAUAAACCAUGAGGACAUGAGUUUGGAGCCCAGCAUCCACUUAACAAGCUCCCCGUGGUCUCAUGAUUGCCUAUAACCCCAUUGUUGUAGGUCUUAGAGAUAGGAAGCUUGCAAGCUGUCAGCCUAGUGAGGAGAAAACCCCCAGAUUCAGGGAGAGUCUCAGCUUCUCCUGCUGCUGUGAGCAGAUACUCUUGGUAAAAGCACCUUAAGGGAAAAAGGGUCUAUUUGGGCUCACAGCCCAGGAUCCAGCCCUGCUGAAGCUGGUGGCCUCACUGUACCCACAGUAAGGAGCAGAGCAUAUUGGAUGGACCCAGGGCCUUAACUCUUUUCUCCACUUUAUACAAUCCCGGCCUCCUCAUAAGAAAUGGCCCCCACACAGUUAACCUGAUCAGAAUCCCCUAUCUCCUAGGUGAGUCUAGAUCCUGUCAGUAGCCGGCACCAACCAUUACACUGCCUCAAGGGAACAAGGCCAGAGAACAGUAGAAGACACAGGCUGCGUGGCUCUAGCCUCAUGCACUUGUGUAUGUGCAGGCAUGCUCAUACAUAGCAGUUAAUUAUAAAAUGAAAUGGCUCAUGUUGUUGACAGAAUCAGUCAGAGCUAUGUAACACCGACCCUCAGACUCCCACCAGGGUCGCACCCAGACAGUCAGGUACUGAUGUGGGGCAGAUAGGCACACCAGAAGCUGAUGACCUCUGGCCUUCGACUCCCUCUUACUGUUCUGGGGCCAAAAGCUGAUGGCUUCUGGCAAUGACCUCCUGCUGAUAGCAGCAGGGGAAAAGAAACUUAGUUACUUGGGUUCUCAUCUCUUUGACUCAGGGACCCCUCACAGGCCAGUGAGAGCUUUGAGUUCAUUAAUUCUUCCUGAGUCAGAGAGAAAAGAAAAGAAAGAAAGUCAGGCACACACAGACACAUGCAUACAGAUGAGGUAGAAAAAGGUUACACCACACUUUAUUGUUGUUCUUACUUUUUAUACUUUCUCUGAAAAUUACAUACAGAACUAUCAGGUAGAACCAUUGCAACAGGAUAAUUGAUGACCUGGUUUUCUAAGCACUUUACAUUCCAUGAGUUCAUAGUAAGUUUAAGGCAAUAGUUCACAUCAUAGAUUGAUAAGGCUUAAUGAGUUACAGCAGAGUUGUUUACAUGUCUUUUCAACAAGACUUCUCCCUGACUAAACAUUCAUAAUCUGUUCCUAGUUCCAUGAGUUCAUUAUAAGUUUAAAGCAAUAAUUUUUAUGUCACAAGUUAGCACAGUUUUGUCAGGAGACAAAUCAUCUGCCUUGUAUCUUAUUCUUUUGAAGUCUUGUAUAGAUAAACUAGCCCAUCAUUUAUUUCCUGUCCUUGCUCCUACAAUAAAUUGUCCAUUCUC